AUGGCUUUCAAAUUCGUCGUCCUGUGCGCCCUCGUGGCCUACGCCAACGCUGGUCUCCUCCGAUCGGCUCAUCUGUACGAGGCUGCCCCAGUAGCCUACGCUGCAGCCCCCGUGGCCGGUGCCGUCAUCACCAAGACCGUCGAUGCCGAGCACGACCCCCAUCCCCAGUACAACUUCUCCUACGACGUCGAGGACACGCUUACCGGUGACUCGAAGAGCCAACACGAGCAGCGCGAUGGAGAUGUCGUCCAGGGCAGCUACAGCCUUCGCGAGGCCGACGGCACCCGCCGUACCGUCCACUACACCGCUGACGACGUCAAUGGCUUCAACGCCGUGGUCGAGAAGAGCCCCGAGGCCGUUGCUGUCAAGGCCGUAGCUCCAGUAGCCACCUACGCCGCAGCUGCCCCAGUUGCCUACCAUGCCCCAGCUGUUGCUCACUACGCCGCUGCCCCAGCUGUUGCCCACUACGCCGCUGCUCCAGCUGCCUACCAUGCCCCACUCGUCGCCAAGUACGCUGCUGCCCCCGCAUUGGCCUACCACGGUGCUCCUGCCAUCUACGCUCACUAA